CUCAUCCUUGCGGCAAAGACCUUCAUUCUCGUAGCCGUUUUCGUUCUAGCUUGCUCGAUGCUCGUCGCCGGAGAUCGGAGAGUGGAGACCAGAGACCUGCUCCAAGCCUCGCCUCCUCUCCAGUGGACCAAGGGGCCCCACACAGAGCGCAUUUACGACCCAAGAGAGACGCAUCCUCACUCGCGCCCUUGGGGAGUGGUCUUCACGCACCGCUAAUUGUAACCCCCACGUAUCAUCAAUUCAUCAUCUUCUUCUUCAACCUUCCGCAAAAGAAACCAGUAAACCACGCCAAGAAAGCCACAAAGGUCUCGCCUUUUUCUCCGUUUUUCAGUUAUGUCCUUUUCUUCCCCACUUAGAAUAUACAGCGUUUGUUUGAAUUAUGUGUCUAUAUGUGUGUGUAUAGAUAGGUUGGUACUACGUUAGCUGCUGCAGUGUUUCUGGGUUCGAGAAUUCGGUGGAGAUAAGGUUUUUAAGGAGACCCGUGGGGUUGAAUCUGGUGAGGGAGCAAAUGCGAUGAAUCUCCGGCAGCGUACUAUGUCCACGCGCGGCCGGGAGCAGCCACCGGCGGCUGCGCCGCCGCAUUAUGAAGUGUUCAAUAUCAUUCCGAUUCAUAACCUGCUGGCGGACCACCCGUCCCUCCGGUACCCGGAAGUGCGGGCGGCGGCGGCCGCCCUCCGCUUCGUGGGGGACCUCCGGAAGCCGCCGUUUGUUCAGUGGCGAGACUCCAUGGACCUCGUGGACUGGCUGGGGAUCUUCUUCGGGUUCCAAGACGACAGCGUGAAGAACCAGAGAGAACACUUGGUCCUCCACCUCUCCAACUCCCAAAUGCGCCAAUCGCCGCCGCCGCCGCCGGACCGCCUCGACCAAAACGUCCUCCACCACUUCCGCAAGAAGCUCCUCAAGAACUACUCCUCCUGGUGCUCCUUCCACUGCAAAAAAUCCCAAAUCCGCCUCCCCAGGACCCGCCAAGGCCCGGAGGUUCUCCGCCGUGAGCUUUUGUAUGUAUGCCUCUUUUUGCUGAUUUGGGGCGAGGCCGCUAAUGUCCGGUUCGUCCCUGAAUGUUUAUGCUUUAUAUUUCAUCAUAUGGCUAUGGAACUCAAUUAUAUCCUUGAUGGUCACAUUGAUGAGCAAACUGGGCAGCCUUAUAUUCCCUGGACUUGUAAGCAAUUUGGGUUCUUGGAUUAUGUGAUUACACCUAUAUAUGUUGCAAUUAAGCGCGAGGUUGAUAGGAGUAGGAAUGGGACUGCUCCCCAUUCGGCUUGGAGGAACUACGAUGACAUAAACGAGUAUUUUUGGAGUAGGAGGUGUUUCAAGAAGUUGAAAUGGCCUCUCGAUUCAUCGUGUAGCUUUUUCUCCCACGACGAGGAGAGAAGAGUGGGGAAGACGGGGUUUGUGGAGCAGAGGACGUUUUGGAAUGUGUUUAGGAGCUUUGACAGGCUGUGGGUGCUGUUGAUAUUGUUCUUUCAGGCGGGGGCUAUUGUUGCUUGGGAAGGGACGGACUAUCCGUGGGAGGCUCUGGAGAGGCGGGAUGUGCAGGUGGAGUUGCUCUCGCUUUUCAUAACGUGGGCUGGGUUGAGGUUUGUCCAGUCGGUUCUUGAUGCCGGGACUCAGUAUAGUUUGGUUUCGAGAGAGACUAUGUGGGUGUGUGUGAGGAUGGUGUUGAAGAGUUUAGUUGCUGCUGCUUGGACGGUUGUGUUUGGGGUGUUUUAUGCGAGGAUUUGGAGCCAGAAGAACGCUGAUAGGAGGUGGUCGGGUGAAGCUGACGACAGGAUUAUCGUGUUUCUAAAGACUGCUCUCGUGUUUGUAACCCCGGAGUUGCUUGCUCUGAUUCUCUUUGUUCUUCCUUGGAUCCGAAAUCUGCUGGAAAAAGCAAACAUCCCAUUUAUGUACUUGGUAACGUGGUGGUUCUACAGUCAUAUAUAUGUUGGCCGUGGGCUUAGGGAAGGACUAAUCAAUAACAUAAAGUACACGCUGUUCUGGAUUCUGGUACUGGCUUCGAAAUUCUCGUUCAGUUAUUUUCUUCAGAUAAAGCCCCUGGUCACCCCGACAAGGGCUCUUCUGGAUCUCAACAAUGACCCAAAUGUGCACUAUAAGUGGCACGAAUUCUUUGGUAGCACCAACGAAUUAGCGGUUGUAAUGUUGUGGCUUCCGGUUGUUCUAAUAUAUCUUGUGGAUUUGCAAAUCUGGUAUACAGUGUAUUAUUCAGUUGUUGGGGGCACAAUCGGGCUGUUGUCACAUCUAGGCGAGAUUCGCAACAUUGAACAGCUUAGACUCCGGUUCCAAUUCUUUGCAAGUGCGUUGCAGUUCAAUUUGAUGCCCGAAGAUCAGAGAACAAUUGCUAAGGCUACGCUGGUUCAGAAAUUGCGGGAUGCAACCCAUCGGCUGAAACUGAGAUACGGGUUUGGACAGCCGUACAAGAAGAUUGAAUCGAGCCAGGUGGAAGCCACUAGGUUUGCGUUAAUAUGGAACGAGAUAAUCAUAACUAUGAGGGAAGAGGACCUCCUUAGUGAUCAAGAGCUCGAGCUACUGGAAUUGCCACCGAACUGUUGGGAUAUUAAGGUUAUUCGCUGGCCGUGCGUUCUCCUGUGUAACGAGCUGCUGCUUGCUCUUAGCCACGCAACGGAGUUGGGGGAGGCACCCGACCAAUGGGUGUGGUUUAGGAUAUGCAAGAACGAGUAUAGGCGGUGCGCUGUUAUUGAGGCGUAUGAUAGCAUCAAAUUCCUGCUUCUAGAGCUCGUUAAAUAUGAUACUGAAGAGCACUCCAUCGUUGCGAAAUUGUUUAUGGAUAUCGAUGAUUGCAUUCGCUUUGAAAAAUUCACAAAGGUGUACAAGACAACAGUUUUGCCUCGGAUUCACGAGAAGUUAGUGUCUCUCGUUGGGCUCCUGCUCUUGCCGAAGCAGGACUUGAGUAAGGUCGUGAAUGUAAUGCAAGCACUGUACGAGCUUUCGGUUCGGGAUUUUCCGAAAGUGAAGAAGCCCGUGGCACAGUUGAGGCAGGAAGGCCUUGCGCCUCUUAACCAGGAUACCACCACCGGGUUUCUGUUUGAAAAUGCUGUUGCGUUCCCCGACAUUCAAGAUGCUUUCUUUUAUAGGCAACUACGUCGUCUCCAGGCAAUUCUCACUUCCCGAGAUUCAAUGCAUAAUGUUCCGAAAAACAUUGAAGCUAGACGGCGUCUUGCUUUCUUCAGCAACUCGCUUUUUAUGAAUAUUCCGCGUGCUACCCAGGUCGAGAAAAUGAUGGCCUUCAGUGUCUUGACUCCUUACUAUGAUGAAGAAGUAAUAUAUGGCAAAGAAAGUCUCCGAAGUGAAAAUCAAGAUGGUAUCUCUAUCAUAUUUUACCUCCAGAAGAUUUAUGAAGAUGAAUGGGAGAACUUCUUAGAACGAAUGCGUAGAGAAGGAAUGAACGACGAGAAUGAGAUAUGGCUUUCCAAAAUAAGGGAUCUUCGUCUCUGGGCAUCGUAUAGGGGCCAGACAUUAUCUCGGACUGUUAGGGGAAUGAUGUAUUAUUACAGGGCUCUAAAGAUGCUUUCUUUCCUUGACUCUGCAUCGGAGGUGGACAUAAGGCAUGGGUCACUCGAUAUAGGUUCGUUGAGUUCACUGAACCAAAACAACGGCUUUGAUGGGUUAGCCUGUGGAAAUCCAGCGUCUUCUCGAAAUCUCCACCGAGCAAGUAGCAGUGUGACACUUCUUUUUAAAGGACACGAGUUUGGCGCUGCUCUAAUGAAAUUCACUUAUGUGGUGACCUGCCAGGUCUACGGGGUUCAGAAGGCAAAGGGUGAUCCACGUGCCGAGGAGAUAUCAUACUUGAUGAGGAAUUAUGAAGCACUCCGUGUUGCUUAUGUUGACGAGGUUCACUUGGGUAGAGAUGGCGUGCAGUAUUUCUCUGUCUUAGUGAAGUACGAUCAACAGUUGAAGAAGGAGGUGGAAAUCUAUCGCAUAAAGUUGCCUGGGCCACUGAAGCUCGGGGAGGGCAAACCCGAGAAUCAAAACCAUGCCAUUAUCUUCACUAGAGGCGAGGCAGUUCAAACGAUUGAUAUGAACCAAGAUAACUACUUUGAGGAGGCACUCAAGAUGCGAAAUCUAUUGGAGGAAUUUAAACUCUAUCACGGAAUCAGGAAGCCUACUAUUCUCGGGGUUCGUGAAAACAUCUUUACCGGUUCAGUGUCGUCUCUCGCUUGGUUCAUGUCUGCUCAGGAAACAAGUUUUGUGACACUGGGGCAGCGUGUUCUGGCGAAUCCUCUUAAGGUACGUAUGCACUAUGGUCAUCCCGACGUCUUCGAUAGGUUCUGGUUCUUGUCUCGGGGCGGGAUUAGCAAGGCUUCGAGGGUGAUCAAUAUCAGUGAAGAUAUAUACGCAGGUUUUAAUUGUACUCUUCGAGGUGGCAAUGUGACCCACCAUGAAUACAUACAAGUUGGUAAAGGAAGGGAUGUUGGGUUGAAUCAGAUUUCGAUGUUCGAGGCUAAGGUCGCUAGUGGUAAUGGCGAGCAAGUUUUGAGCCGAGAUGUGUACAGGUUGGGGCACCGACUAGAUUUCUUUCGCAUGCUUUCUUUCUUCUACUCAACCGUGGGGUUCUUCUUCAACAACAUGAUGGUAGUAAUCAUGGUAUACGCGUUCCUGUGGGGCCGCCUAUACCUUGCGCUCAGUGGCGUUGAAGAUUAUGCGAGAAGCAAUGCCACCAACAACAAAGCCCUCGGGGCAAUUUUAAAUCAACAGUUUGUAAUCCAGAUCGGUGCAUUUACCGCCCUUCCAAUGAUCGUUGAGAACUCUCUGGAGCAUGGGUUCCUUUCGUCGGUUUGGGAUUUUAUAACGAUGCAGUUUCAGCUUUCUUCACUAUUUUUUACCUUCUCGAUGGGAACCCGUGCACAUUUCUUCGGUCGGACCAUUCUGCACGGGGGUGCCAAGUAUCGAGCAACUGGCCGUGGCUUCGUUGUUUCGCACAAAAGAUUUGCCGAGAAUUACCGAUUGUAUGCUCGCAGCCAUUUUGUAAAGGGGAUCGAGCUCGGUGUGAUUCUUAUAGUGUAUGCUUCGAAUAGCCCGUUGGCUAAGAAUACUUUCGUGUAUAUAGCUAUGACUAUCUCGAGCUGGUUCCUUGUGCUAUCGUGGAUUAUGGCUCCUUUCGCUUUCAAUCCCACGGGGUUCGACUGGUUGAAUACUGUAUACGACUUCGACGAUUUCAUGAAUUGGAUUUGGUAUAACCGAGGGGUGUUUGCAAAAGCCGAUCAGAGUUGGGAAACGUGGUGGUACGAGGAGCAGGAACACUUGAGAGCGACCGGUCUUUGGGGAAAACUGCUCGAGAUUAUCUUAGACCUUCGUUUCUUCUUUUUCCAGUACGGAAUUGUGUACCACCUGCAAAUUACCGGCAAGGACACGAGUAUUUCGGUUUACUUGCUGUCUUGGAUCUACAUGGUCGCAGCCGUGGCGAUUUAUAUCGCCAUCGCAUAUGCCAAGGACAAAUACGCCAUGAAACAGCACAUAUAUUACCGAGUGGUGCAGUUGCUCGUCACCGUGAUCACGGUACUCGUUAUUGUUUUAUUACUGGAAUUCACCAAGUUUACGGUUCUCGACUUCAUUACUAGUUUCUUGGCGUUUAUACCCACGGGAUGGGGUAUCAUCCAAAUUGCCCUCGUGCUGCGCCCCUUUCUCGAGACUAGCGUGGUUUGGGAAACUGUCGUCUCCUUGGCCCGUCUAUACGAUAUGAUAUUUGGACUAAUCGUCUUGGCUCCUUUGGCACUCCUAUCUUGGAUGCCCGGGUUUCAAUCCAUGCAAACGAGGAUACUCUUCAACGAGGCUUUCAGCCGAGGGCUUCAGAUUUCUCGGAUACUCACAGCCAAAUCUUCAUAAUCUCAGGGCUCGUGAAUGUGGUGCUCUUCAACGCACGCCUUCUCCCAUUUUUUGCUGUCCAACGAGGUUCACGCCAGCGCCCUUCUGCCAACGAAGUUCGGGUUUUUGAAUCCAAGAUCGUCGCAGAUUACUACAAUAACCGCGAACUAUGGUAACCGGAGUCCACGCCUACGUGUAUACGAAGGUGAGGAAUGACAUAGUCGGGGAAUAAACAACCCGUUAACUUCCAUGCUUUCUAGUUUCAGAUGAUCUUAGAGCAGCGUUGUAAAUACGAGUAGCAGGAAAACAUUCUGGUAUUUUAGAAUCGCGAUGUUUUUUUUUUUCUUUUGUCGAUCCGGUGUUUUAUUCUGUAGUGAUUAUUCCCCAUGUACAUGGCUUUUUUGGUUCAAUUUGCAGAACUGAGUUGGGCAUAAUGAAAAGUUUUAGAAACCCAUCCGGGAUUUAUUCCUCCA